AUUAAACCCCGUUAAAUGCGGUUUGAGGGAGGCCCGCUACCCGCGUAUAUAUAUAACGGCCCACCACAGCGCCAGUUAAAGCCUCUGCGAGCGGAAAAUUCAGAGAAGAAGGAAAUCGCAAAGUUCGGGUUGAGAUCCGGCGAGCCUCGUCGGGUUUCGCCCAUCCAACUUGGAAUAGUUACUUCGGAGCCUCGAACCAACGGUCUUUCCCUUCUCGUCUCUUCUCUUCUCUUCUCUUUGAGUUCGCAAAAUGAAGGCGUCGGGAACACUGGUGGCGUCGGUGGUUGCCGCUUCCACCAUGGCUCUUACGACGUCGUCUUCGUCCAACCAGAGGGUUUCUUCUGCGCUGGUGAAGAACGGUGCACAAAACUGUCAAACGGCGUCGGAUAAGGAGAAAUUCGAGCCGAGAUUCGACGGGUUGAGGUUCAUUGAGACGUUGGUGACAGCGCAUAGGUGAUGGUUGAGACGUUAGUGACAGCGCAUAGGUGAUGGUUGGCGCGGAGCUCUUAAUUAAUUGUAAGCCCGUGAUUAGAAUUCAAUCAGAGACAAAUUUCUUUCCUUUUUCUUCUCUCUUCUUCUCCGAAGUUGAAGACUUUUUUGGUGGUGAUUGUUAAUUGGGUAAUUCUCAGUCUGGUGUUUAUGUUCUCAAUCUCGUAA